GCCCGGCCCCGCCCUUCCCGGGGGAGGGGCGGGGCCGGCUCAUAGUCACGUGACGGCGCCAUCCGGGUCCUUUGCCUUCUCUGCCUCUUCCCAACAUGGCGGCCUCAGCUAAGAAGAAGAACAAGAAGGGCAAGACCCUCACUCUGACAGACUUUCUGGCAGAGGACGGUGGCGGCGGCGGUGGCCCGACCUAUAUCCCCAAACCUGUCAGCUGGGCCGACGAGACAGAUGACCUGGAAGGAGACGUUUCUACCACUUGGCAUAGUAACGAUGAUGACGUGUACCGGGCCCCUCCGAUUGACCGCUCCAUCCUGCCCACCGCCCCGCGGGCUGCUCGGGAACCCAACAUAGACAGAAGCCGCCUCCCGAAAUCCCCCCCUUACACCGCCUUUCUGGGAAACCUGCCCUAUGACGUGACGGAAGAAUCCAUCAAGGACUUUUUCAGAGGACUUAAUAUAAGUGCUGUGCGUUUGCCGCGGGAGCCUACCAAUCCGGAGAGGUUGAAAGGUUUUGGUUAUGCCGAGUUUGAAGACAUAGACUCCUUGUUCCAGGCUCUGAGCCUCAAUGAAGAGUCUCUAGGGAACAGAAGGAUACGAGUGGAUGUUGCCGAUCAAGCUCAGGAUAAAGAUCGGGACGAUCGCUGCUUUGGCAGAGAUCGGGAUCGCUUCCGGGACUCGGAGAGGUUCGAGAGCGACUGGAGGGCCCGUCCUGCCACCACCGACAGCUUUGAUGAUUACCCACCCCGCAGGGGCGACGACAGCUUCGGAGACAGGUACCGGGAUCGCUACGACGAUCGGUAUCGUGAUGGUCCGCGGAGGGAUAUGGACCGUGGCUUCGGGGGCAGGGAUCGCUAUGAUGACCGUAGCAGAGACUAUGACCGAGGCUACGAUUCCAGGAUAGGCAGCGGCCGGAGGGCCUUUGGCAGCGGCUAUCGCCGGGAUGACGACUACCGAGGUGACCGCUACGAAGACCGCUAUGACCGGCGGGAUGACCGGAUGGAUAGGUGGAACUCCCGGGAUGAUUACGGCCGGGAUGAUUUCCGCCGCGAUGACAGAGGUCCCACUCAGAGGCCGAAGCUGAACCUGAAGCCCCGGAGUGCGCCCAAGGAGGAGGAGACCUCCGUGGCCCCGGCGCCCCAGUCCAGCAGGGCUGCCUCCAUCUUCGGGGGGGCCAAACCGGUGGACACGGCCGCCAGGGAGCGGGAGGUGGAAGAGCGGCUACAGAAGGAGCAAGAGAAGCUUCAACGCCAGCUGGAGGACGAUAAGAGGAUAGACAGACGGCCCCGAGAGAGGCAUCCCAGCUGGCGAAGCGAAGAGAACCAGGAGCGAUCGCGGACGGGGAGCGAGUCCUCACAGACCGGCAACUCGGGACCUCCCGGCACCUCUGUGGGAACCGGCCCAACGGGCAGGACCACGCGGAGGAGGGAGAGCGAGAAGUCCUUGGAGAACGAGACGUUCACCAAAGAGGACGAUGCCCCGUCUCCCACCUCCAAGGCGAAGGAGGAGAAGCAGCCCCUGAAGGUGAUGCCGGCGCCGCCGCCCAAGGAGAACGCCUGGGUGAAGCGGAGCAGCAACCCCCCCGCGCGCUCCCAGAGCUCGGAUUCGGAGCAGCACUCUCCAACGAGUGGCAGCCAGCCGGCCCCCAGCCUGCCCUUGGAAGAUGGGGCCCCCCCCAAGAGCGCCCACAGGAGAGGAGACGAGAACAAGCCGGACGGGGGCCGGGAGAGCAGUUCCAAGGUCCGAAGCGGGAGCUCCGGCCGUGGCCCGGGGGAUUCAGACAGGAAAGAGAGCAGGAAGGAUCACGACUCGCGACCUGCAUCUGAGCCAAAGAAACUUGACGAGAACCCACCCUCCUUCAGCCACGCCAGCAAAUACGCGGCGCUCUCGGUGGACGGCGAAGAUGAUGGCGACGAGGAAGAAUGCGCCGAAUAAAAGAAAAACAAAACAAAAAAAAAAAAACAAAACAAACCAGCUCCGGGGCCCCCUCGCGCCCGUCUCCCCCCCAGCCGCCAGCCUGGGAUCGCUCGGAGAAUUAAACUAAACCAAACCUCUGCCCGGCCGCGAGAGAGAGAAAUAAAACCUGAACCUCCCCCGCUCCCGCAGCCCCCGCCUCCAACUUCUUACAUCGGGGGGGGGGGAAACAAUCCACCCCCCCAAAGGAGAACUCCCUGCUGUCGCUGCUGCCCUCGGAGCGGGGAAGAAACCGGAGCGCCCCCCCCGCCCCCGCCUGCCGGGAGAAGAGCGGGACGGAGCUGGGGCGGGCGGUUGAGGAAGAGAAGUCGCAGCCUUCCUCCCUCCCUGCCCUCCUCCUCCUCGUCCUCCCGGCCCCACGGAGGAAUUCCCCGGUUUGCCCCGAAUUACCCCGCUCUGCCCCAAAUACCCCAUGGUGCUGGCGGCAGGGCUGGGGGGGGGGGCUGUGUCCAUCAUCGUCCCGUCCCCCCCCCAGCCCCGCAGCCACUUCUUCCUCCUCUUCCUCCUCCUCACGGGUUUCCACCCCCCGGAACGGGCCAAACCUGGAAUUGGGGCCCCACCGUGAAAUAUUUCCAGUUUUUGUCCCUUUUAGCGGGGUCUGGCCAUUGCUGGGGGCCGGUCAUGGAUGGGGGGGGUCCCAAAUUCCCCCCCUUUUCCCACCGUGUCUCCCCCCGCCCCUUUUAUAGGGGGAGAAAAAGGGGGGGACCCGCCUGCCCUCCCCCCCGCCCACGGUGAGCUUGGGCUGUUUGGGGCUGGCUGGAGGCGAGGGGACAGCCCUGGGGACCCCCCCCCACCCCGGGGACAUGGGGACCCCCCCCCCGGGCACACACACACACACCCACCCCCCCCUCCCCACGGCUCCCCCCUGUCCCGCAGCCUCUGAGGCGAAACCUGUAAAAAUUUGUACAAAAUAACGGCGUUGGGGGGCGGCGGGGGCCGGGAGCUGCCUUUACCCUCUGCCCCCCCCCUCCCCGCGGGGGGGGCGUGUCGUCCAAUAAAACUCAUCUUUAAAACA